AAAAUGGUGCUGUCUAUGGAACGAUGGGUCGGCAAAGUGGCCGUAGUCACUGGGGCUAGUUCCGGUAUUGGAGCUGCUAUUGCAGAGGCGUUGGCUGAGCAUGGGCUUGAGGUUGUAGGUCUGGCACGAAGGAAGGUUCGACUAGAUACCUUGGCUCUAAAACUCUCUGGCAAGAAAGGUAAACUGUACCCAUUGAAAGCGGAUAUAAGUAAAGAGGAAGACAUUAUAAACGCUUUCAAGUGGGUCAAAGAAAACUUAGGCCCAGUUCACAUUCUCAUCAACAACGCUGGUGUUUACACACAGACGGAUCUAGCAGAUGGAGACAUAGACAUUUGGAAGAACACCCUUAACGUCAACGUUCUCGGUUUGUCCAUAGCCACAAGGGAAGCUAUCAGGGAUAUGAGAGCAAAUAACGUAGACGGUCAUAUAAUACACAUCAAUACUGUUGCGGGAGUGUCGCCGAAGGCGAAUAUGUAUUCUGCUAGCAAAUUUGCAGUUAGAGCCUUGGCAGAAACAUUGAGACUUGAACUCCUUAAAUUGAAAUUAAAAAUUAAAAUUACUACUCUCAAGCCUGGCCUGAUAGAUACCGAAUCUGUACCGGAUUUUAUAAAGGCGAAAGUUCAAGAAACUGGAGGGGAGCAAAUGAUUGGGCCUGAAAAUAUAGUCGAUGGAGUUGUCUACGCAUUAUCGACACCUCCACAUGUACAAAUUCAAGAGCUUACGAUAAGAGGGGUGGAGGAAUAUUUUUGGUAAUAGAUAUUAAUAAUGUAAUUAUGUAAAAGACUAUUUCCUUAUGACUAUGAACCA